AUGUCUGGUCGUGGUAAAGGAGGAAAAGGCCUUGGAAAGGGAGGCGCCAAACGUCAUCGUAAGAUCCUUCGGGACAACAUGUCCAGAAGAAAGGAAUCCUAUACCAUCUACAUCUACAAAGUCAUGAAGCAGGUCCAUCCUGACACUGGUAUUUCCAGUAAGGCCAUGAGCAUCAUGAACUCCUUUGUCAAUGAUGUCUUCGAGCGCAUCGCUGGUGAAGCUUCCCGACUUGCUCACUACAACAAGAAAUCCACCAUCACUUCUCGAGAAAUCCAGACGGCUAUUCGUCUUCUUCUGCCUGGUGAACUGGCCAAGCACGCAGUCAGUGAAGGCACCAAGGCUGUCACCAAGUACACCAGCAGCAAGUAAACAGUU